AUGUUUAUCAUUACAUUAAUUACGUCAGCGUUCGGUUUGAGAUUUCAAUCUUAAACUUUUUAUGAUUUUGUCAACUCUCAACAGUCUACAUGGGUUUCAGGACAUAAUGAAAGAUGGGAAUAAUUCAAUGAAGCCACAUUAAAAACUUAGAUGGGAACAUUCUUAGAUGAACCAGAUUUUAUGAAAUUACCAGAGUCAACUGUGUAAUUUGAGAAUUUAGAAAUACCAGAAAGUUUUGAUUCCAGAGAAUAAUGGCCAAAUUGUGAAUCCAUAAAAGAAAUUAGAGAUUAAUCAACAUGUGGUUCAUGUUGGGCUUUUGGUGCUGCUGAAGCCAUGAGUGAUAGAUUAUGUAUUCAAACUGGAUAACAAACCAGAAUAUCAACUGAAGAUUUAUUAACUUGCUGUGGAAUUACAUGCGGAAUGGGAUGUAAUGGUGGAUUCCCAAGUGGUGCAUGGAACUACUUUAAGAAUAAGGGACUUGUCACAGGUGAUCUUUAUGGUGAUGAUACCUGGUGUAGACCAUAUACUUUCCCUCCAUGUGAUCAUCAUGUUGAUGAUGGAAAGUAUGGACCAUGUGGAGAAUCAUAACCAACACCUGCUUGUGUUAGAUCAUGUACUGCUCAAUCUGGAAGAAACUAUGAAUCAGAUAAAGUAAGAUCUGUUGAUGCAUAUUCUGUUUCAUCAAAAGUAGAAUAAAUUUAAAAUGAAAUCAUGACAUUUGGUCCAGUUGAAGUAUAAUAUCAUUCUCUAUUUUAGGCAUCAUUUACAGUAUAUGAAGACUUUUUAACAUACAAAUCUGGAGUAUAUCAACAUGUUGCUGGAGCUAGUUUGGGAGGACAUGCUGUUAAAAUCAUUGGUUGGGGUGUUGAAAAAAAUGUUCCAUAUUGGUUAGUAGUAAACUCUUGGAAUGAAGGAUGGGGAGAAAAAGGAUUAUUCAAAAUCUUAAGAGGAUCUAAUCAUGUUGGAAUUGAAGGUGGAAUUUAUGCAGGUAGAUUAGCUUGA